CGAAAAUGACGCACUAGCGUCUACCUUCCGAGCCCGAAAUCCACCUCUGGCGUAAGAUGGCCGAAUUUUCAACACAGCGGUUGACGAGACCACACUGACGAUCCAGCCUUUUUACCUAAAAUACCACCAAAUCUUACAUUUACGCUUACAUACAGUUGAUCUUGAAUGUGUAGCACUGAUAUGCCCCGACAAGUAAAAACAGUUGGAGAUGAAUCCUAGCUUUAAAGAGUAGAGCUGACUGGGAUAGAAACAAUAAUUGAUAAAGCAAGCAAACUAUCAAGUUGUCAUGGAGCCAGGGCAGGAGACACAGGAGACACCGUCAUCAGUUGAGUCAGUUGUGAACCCAUCCUCUAUAGCAUACACGGUGGAAAUCCACUUGGUGGAAGAAGAUUACGCUUGCACCAACCAGCCUAAUGUAGCGGACCAGCAUCUUGCGAUGGUAGGGGAUGAAGAGACACAGGAACAGCCCACUGUUGUUCCUAUCGAGGUGAUAUCAGAAGGCAGAGACGAUAUGGGUGUGCAGCCCGAGACCAUGACCACGGAACAGAUUGAGCCCAACAUGAUGGUCACAUUCACUGAGAGCGACCCGCCAACCAACAUUCACCACCUGACUGUCUCAAGUGACAUGAUGGCGUACUUGCCUGAGCCGGGCCUCCCCCCAACGGAAGAUGCUGCGGGGAAGCCCCACCACCAGAUCAUCAUGACGCAGCAUCCCACCUCGGGUGAUCUCACUGAGGUCAAGCUGGUAGACAGCAUGCCGGCAGACUCAAGUCAGGACAUGUCUGUGCUGCUCGUGCAGCCAAAUGAGCAGGAGUCUAAGCCGACGGAGGAUGCAGCGGACAGCCAACAAGGUGUUGAGACCAUAAAGGAGAUGGAGAUAGCCUCAGCCGUUGAGGCCUUGGAAGCAUUGACCGGCUUGGCCACCACCUUCAAUGCAUGGGCUCAGCAGAACCCCCAAGCACUGGAGGAGUCAGGACAUCCCACGAGUGGCAAGCCUCACAAAUCAGAGAAACACAAAUCUGGCAAGCACAAGUCGAAAAAGCACAAGUCUGGCAAACAUAAGAAAAGAAGUUCCCAUUACAAGGAGGCAAAAUCCUCCAUAGACACUGGCAUUGACCAAAUUACUUCCAGUGAAGAUGGAUACAAGUGCAAAACCUGCGGCAAAAUAUUUGGCACCCGGCUGAAACUGAGAAACCACAUGAUCUCCCACUCAGACAAGAGACCUCACGUCUGUCUUGUCUGUGGUAGUGCAUUCAAGCGGGCCAGAUAUCUUCAAAUUCACAAGAAGAGUCACUUUUCGGAUAAACUUUUUGCCUGCACGUACUGUCAAAAAACGUACUUUGAGAGAAAGCGACUGCGUUCCCACAUGAAAUGCCACAUCAAUCCCCUGAAAUGCGAAGUUUGCGGGAAAACCUACGGUGACAAGAGGGGCCUCGAGAUUCACUUCAGAACCCACACCAACGAGAAACCAUUUUUGUGCCGCAUAUGUGGACGAGGAUUCACCUCCAAGGCUGGUGUCAACAAGCACGAACGCAGCCACUCGGGCUUGAAACCGUACGUCUGCAAAACCUGUGGAAAGGCCUACACACAGCCCACCAACCUCUCCGAUCAUGAAAGGACCCACAUCAAUGAUAAAACAUUUGCUUGCACAUCUUGCUCUAAAGUCUUUCUGGCGAGGAGCAGCCUGAGGCGGCAUCGCAUCAAAAACCAUCCAGGGGAGGAGCCUAACGUGGGCAAGCUGGAGCCAUUACAUCAGAGAAUGCACGUGAUCAAAAGAGUAAACCUCAAGGAUGAUAAAUGGCAUUACAAGUACUCAUGCGCCACGUGCGACAAGAAGUUCAAAAAAGAAAAGUACCUCAAGAAACACAGCAAAAUUCACUCAGCUGGGACCAAAGGAUGCUCCUACUGUAACAAAAGUUUCCGAGACAAGAGGGAUCUUCAGAACCAUGAGAGACGUCACACGGGCGAGAAGCCGUACAAGUGCAGUAAGUGCGGCAAGGCCUUUGUCUCCAGUUCAGCGAUGCUGCGACAUGAGAAGUGUCACCUGGGCCUGAAGCCUUACGUCUGCACAACCUGUGGCAAAGCCUUCACGCGGACCACUGGCCUGCGGGACCACGAACUGAUCCACAAAGGGAAGAACAAGCGGUUCCCCUGCCACGACUGUGAUAAGAUCUUUGCAUCCCGCAGUGCCCUCAGGAGUCACGGACGGCUGAAGCAUCAGUUUGUGGAGAUUGUGGACGCGCCCAUGGCAACCAUGGAGGUUCCCGUGGAGACAGAUGAGGGAGACGCUGUCAGUUACAUCAAGUUGAUGUUCACUGAGAAAGAAUCAUUUCAAAGAGAAGUAUUCCUCGUGAUGGAGGUACAUAUAUCCUGCCCACCCACUGGCUUGGAGGAAGCCUACAACACACUCUUGACCCCAGGUGCACUGGCAUUCAUUGGAGAUAUAGCAGCCGAAUUUGAUUCCCGAGUGGAACAGAUGCUAAAUGACAGAAUUCUUAAGAAGGCACACCUUGAUCAGUCCAGAAGUCUCCCUGAUUUCUCACCGGAGACAAGUGGCAUCAGGACAGGCUCUUGGAAGGUUGAUCCAGUCCCAAGAAGGUUGAAGAACAGACAUGUUGACCUCGGUGAUGUGUCUCCGGCCAACACAGGGCAUUUUGUGCAAGCACUGCAAUCCAGUGCUCAGGGCAUACAGACAGAUUUUGAUGAUGGUCAUUGCCCAACAUGGCAAACCCAACUUCAGGGAAUGUACAACAUCUACCAGGCUGUUCAUGGCAAGCUGUACGCUGACAUGCCGUCCAUUGACAACCUACCUGUACUCAUGCUGAGGCCCAGGGCAUGGAAUAUGGUGGAACACAACAUGCUGGUUAAAGGCAAGGAGGUUCCCGGACCCAUCUUUGACUUUGGAUUGUUGAUGUUUCAUACAUCCAAGAUCCUUUGCGCCAAGGAGAGUGGGCCGUAUUUCUACUUAUCCAAGCUUGAGGGAUACAAAGAAGCCAGACUUUGGAAAGACAUCUUUGCUUUUGUUGAGGAGAAACUUGGACUGAGAACUGGCACCAUUAAAGCAACAGUGCUGAUUGAGAACGUCUUUGCAGCAUUUGAGAUGCAUGAGAUCCUACACGAACUGCGCUACCACUCCGCUGGCCUCAACUGUGGCAUCUGGGAUUACUCUGCCUCUUUUAUCAAUAAACUUGGAAACAGACCAGAGUUUGUGCUCCCAGAUCGCAGCAAGUAUGUCAACAUGCAGAGGCACUUCCUGAACAGCUACAUGACACUGACAAUCCAAACCUGCCAUGGUCGAGGUUGUCAUGCCACUGGAGGAAUGAGUGCUACCCUCUUGCCUGCUAUGCAAGGCGCAGAGUACGACAAACUUAUGGAUCUGGCUUGCAGAGCCAAGUUGGCUGAAAUUAAAGCUGGAGUGGAUGGAUUCAUGGUGUAUGAUAUCCGUCUUGUCAAGCCCAUGCAACAGCUGUUUGAGAUGUACGCCCCCUCUGCCAACCAGCAUGCUGUGCUCAGACCAGACGUGAAUGUCACAAAAGAGGACCUACUGCUGAUGCCGUCGGGAGGCGUGACGUUUGGGGGAUUGAAACACAACAUCGCCGUUGCUGUCCUCUUUAUUGAGUCUUGGUUGAAAGGACAGGGGCAUUUCUACUACAAAGGUGCCAUUGAAGACUCAGCUACGGCAGAGAUAUCCAGAUCCCAGGUGUGGCAAUGGAUACACCACAGGGCACGACUUGAAGACAACAAUGAACUCAUCACGUACACUUUGGUCAACGACCUCUGCAGUCGAUUUGUUGACGCACAAAUGCAGGACAACCCCAAGUACGGCACCACAGAGCAGAGCAAAUGCCUUCUGGUGGCAGCUGACAUUUUCCGUCAACUUAUCACCGAGACAGUCUUCCCAGAAUUCCUCACUACUUACCUGAGCUUGGAAAACCGUUUCCGGACCAGUGCCUGGCAUGAUGCAAAAUUUUAGCCGUCCAUUGUUUGGAUCCAUCACAAGCAAGAACGGCAUAUCUUUAGCAAAUUAAGUUAUGCAAUAGACAUCAAACACUGACCAGUUGGUCACUUAAGAGGGUGAUUAUUGGCACUUGCAAUUUCGUAGUGCUAUGGUGUGGAAGUGAACUUUUGGUGUGAAAUUCAUGUAUUAGAACAUGAAUGGUUUGGUGUUCUGAGAGCAGAUCAGUGAGCAGUUCUGUUUGAAAAAUUACCCCCUAAACAAUUUAAUUUUGCUUUCCUUGCUUUACUACACUCUCCAGCACAGUUCAUCAUUGGCAUGGAAAUCAGUGGCUUAUUAGCGAACAAAUCUUUCACAAUUAGCAAAGAAAUUGUUUUGAGAAACGUUCCCAACCCAGUGUGCCAGGCCAAUACGAUAGUAUAAAAGUCCUGAAAUUGACCCUUUGUGUCCUAUUUGCUUUGUGUACAGGUUGACCCAGGAAAUAAGUCCUCAAGUGGAGGGUUUGGCCAAGUUACUUGCUGUAUGACUUGGUAACUAUGUGUUUGCUCUAAAGAGCAGAAUACGCUCAAAUGAUACAUGUACAUCAUUGAGAUUUCUGCAUUAUUGCUUCAUCGAGCACAACUGCUUUGAAAAUGGUUAUGUGUAAACCUGUUUGCAGUGUCUUAGGCUGACGUUACAAUCACACCCAACACGGUCUGAAGGAAAUUUAAUUGUUUGAAACACGAGAAACAAGACUGCUAUAUUUGCAUUUACCUGCCUUUAGUGUCGUUGAUCUCAAAGUUUUAUAGAGUGUUUUAGGAAUCAGAGUAAAAAAGGAAAGAAAUUCCAAGGUACACAAGAUGCUUUAGUACUGUUUUCAAGUUUGUAAAGUAUUCACAGGAAGUAAAAAGGAACUUUUGCAAGCCUGGAUGCUAAUUUAUUUACAUUUAUCAACUAUAUCAGUUCAUUGUUUAGAUUAUAGGUGAUACUGUUGAGUGUUUUGAUGAUUUCAAUGCAAGUUGGUUCUUGGUUGAUUUUGGUUUCCUUGUGUCUGUGUUGUUUCUGUUUCAAUUACCACAGUGUUUUUACAUAUCAAAUUGAAACAGUGAAUCAGCUUGUAAGAUCAAUGAAAUAAUACUCAAAGAUUCAAGAG